CCGGCCAUGUCCUCCAGGGCCAGCAUGUAUGCCCUGCAGUGCUUGGUGGAGCAGCUCAAGCUGGAGGCCAGCGUGGAGAGGAUCAAGGUCUCUCAGGCGGCUGCCAAGCUUCAGCAGUACUGCAUGCAGAAUGUCCGCAAGGAUGCCCUGAUGGUCAGUGUUCCAGAAGGCAGCAGCCCUUUCCAGGAGCCCAGAUCCUGUGCUUUGUUCUGAAGACUGGAAAGAAGUUAACUAAGGAAGCCUUCAGGCACAAAGUGAUGAAUGACUGCCUCCAAAUCUCACGGAAACAUUUUUCUCUAACCAAAUCACUUACAUAUUCAGAUCUUCCCUGUGGCCUGGUCCUAUAGCCAAAAUUCUACAGAAAUUGAUGAGUUUCAAAUCAAAUUAGGAAACUGGGUGAAGGAGUAGACUUUUAAAUAAUAAUGGCCUGGUUUGUUUGGUGAAGUGCUUUAUACUUAAGACAAACAAAAACCUUACCACCAAAUAUACAAAAUGCACCUCUUUCAUAAGUGAAUUAUUAGUGUUUCUAGACCUGAAAUGUUAUGUAUGUUUUAUUUACUGGGUGUUUACAUUUUGGGAAGAAAAACAUUUUUAUUAAAAAUUUGAAUAUUUGUGAUUUGUUGUUCUAGAGAUUUUUACACCAUAACAAAAUGUGUUCUUUUCUCAUGAAUUUAUAAUUUCUAAAUGAAGGCAAGACAGUGUAAAAUUUGGGGUAAGAACAGACUUUAUUAAUCAAGUGAUAUUUUGAUUUUUAUAAGUGAGAAAACUGUUUUAUUUUUAACACUAAAUAUGGAAGCUGUUUCUUAGCAAACUUGUUUGGAAAGAUUAGUGUGUUGUGUAUUAGAUCUCCCCAUUUUGUGUAUGCCACAGAUCUGUUCUUUUUCUUCUUAAGUUCCUCUACUUUAUAGUUGUGGUUGUGCUUUAAAAAAAAAAAAUUCCUACAUUAUUUCAU